CCCCAAGUGGGACUCGAACCCGGACCCGCUUCGCUACCACACCCCCCUGCCGUUUAAAGAGCGCUCCUCAAACCUUGAUCCCCAAGCGCAUCUGAAGCACCGUUAGCCACGGAGCAGGAUGGCGAUUAACACUAACUCUUGGCUGUUUUCACCGCGUUACCACGCUCCAAACAUUCGGAACUGUGUCACGGCCCUGACAGGAAACGCUUCUCUUGGCCCGCUGAUGAAGACGGUAUCUGAACUUCAGUUUACAACACGACGACUGCCAACACCCCCCAACAAUCUUCCUCCAAGGUAUUGGGUGUGUUUGUCACCCAGUAGUCGCCAGUAACAGGGCUGCUCAAGGCCCAGUUCCGACCACAAGCUGACCGCUGCAUCGCACAGCGACCACAGGUCUCGUCUGCUGUACAUGUUGUACACGCUGGAUUAGCUGCGUGUCUAGGGGGCCGUGCAUGUAGCCCACGCUGUUGGCAGUGCAUUCUGGGUAGGCUGUGCAUGUUGUGUCCCUGAAGAGAAAGCGAAAUACAUUGUUUUAUUCAUAUUCACCGAAGGGACUUAAAAUAAAAUAAAAAAAAAAGCGGCAGAUACCGUGAAUUAGGAGAGGGGAACGCCAGUCCUGUUUUCUCCGUUAAGUCUGAUUUAAAGGGAAAGGAAAAACCACGUGUCAUUUUCGGUUCUGUGUUUUUUGGAAGUCGACGCGACGAGAGAAACCAGAGAAGUUACUUACCGCCGUUAAGCGGCUAAAAACUACGAACACGCAAACAAACAAAAAGAAAACCAAACAAACUGUGCUUGACUUUAGUUUCGGAUUUUUCAGCACCGUUUUUGCAGCGGAGCUCAGAGAAGAAAGUUGGCGACAGUAACGCCGAGUCGGGAAAUCCAACCGGAGCGGCACCGACGGGUCACGGUUCCGUGGAGCCGAAGCGUUCGAGACCUCGACGAUGCGCGCCAAGUUCGUACGCGGGUGAGAAGCUGCGUCCGCCCUCCGUCCCGGUACCGCGGAGCCGUCGCCGAUGCUCGCAGCGGCUCCGGGACGCUCGUCGUCGUUUCGCAGUCCAUCCAUCGGACGGCACGGGGAGGCCGCCGGAACAGCCCCUCUUCAGCAGCUAAACGAACCGGGCCGGUGCGGAGCCAACAUGCGGCCGGUUCCUGCGCCGUGGACUCGUGGAUCGUCGUAGCCCGACUCGAGUCCUCGCGGCACUUCUGUCGGUCAGCAUGACCUAGCGGAGGGAACCCGGAGCGGACCGUUUGGGUAUCUGGGUCUCUGUCCUUUAAGAGUGCGCCCGGGGAGACGACGCCUUCAUUUGAGCCGUGACCCCCCCCCCCCCCCCGCAGACCCCGGCGCUCGCGGUCACGUCAGCCAUGCAGCGGAAGAGGAAGCUGUACGCAUGCGCCGUCUUCUGCGCGGUCCUGCUCUUCAUCAUCGCCGCGCGCAUCAUGCAGAAGUGGGCCCGCCCCUGGCGCCCCGCCGCAGUCGUCCCCGAGACCCCCCCCACCGGCGCCCCCACCAAGCCGUGCCCCUGCGCCUCCUGCGUGGCCAAAUCCGAGUGGUUCGACCGGCAUUUCGAACCCUCGCAGCAGCCCAUCCUCGCGGAGAACAGCAUCAUCGACCCCCUGGCCCUGCGCUGGUGGUUGGCCCUGCAGCGCUCCGCCGAUGGCCUCAGGACCACGGACGUGAUCCAGAAGAUGUUCCGGGUCGUCUCCGCUCCCGCUGGCGACCGCCCGGUACCUUCGAGGGACUGCAGGAGGUGCGCCGUGGUGGGGAAUUCGGGAAACCUGCUGCACUCUGGCUACGGCCCGCAGAUCGACUCCCACUCAAUUGUGAUCAGGAUGAACAAGGCCACGACGGUCGGGUUCGAGGCGGACGUGGGGAACAGAACCACGCACCACUUCAUGUACCCGGAGAGCGCUGUGGACCUGGGUCCCGGCGUCCACCUGGUGUUGCUGCCCUUCAAGCUGCGGGACCUGCAGUGGGUGGCCAGCGCCUUGUCCACGGGGGAGAUCAAAAUGACGUACAUGAGAGUGAAGGACCGAGUUAAAGCAGACAAAGACAAGGUGAUAGUGGUGAACCCGGCCUUCUUCAAGUACGUCCAUGAGAAGUGGACUGAGCAUCAUGGCAGGUACCCCUCUACGGGGAUGCUGGCUAUCAUCUUUGCCCUGCACAUCUGCGAUGAGGUGUCUGUGUUUGGCUAUGGGGCGGACCAGCAGGGCAACUGGCACCACUACUGGGAGAACAACCAUUAUGCUGGCGCCUUCCGCAAAACCGGCGUCCACAAUGCGGAGUUUGAGAUGAAGGUCAUCCAACAGCUGCACGCCGCGGGCAAAAUUAAGCUGUUAAGAUAGAAGUGGAGCUGGGGGUGGUAGGGUGGUGGAGGGGCCAGAGAGAAAAUUUCCCUAGUCCACCCACACCCAGCCCCCUCCUGCCCCCAGGAACCAAAUCUUAGGUCACACUUUGAAAGCUUUGACACCAAACCGAAAUACUUUUGUUACUUAGAAAAUGUAGCAAAGCUCUUACUGAAUGUCCAGGGGCCCCUGCGGCAGCCGAGUCACGGUCAGCGUUUGCACCGCCUCUUUGUUCAGCUGCUACCACCUUGCCUUAUCUGCUCGGAUCCUUCCGGAACACAGGAGCCUUGAACCGAGACGAAGGCGAGCGAAGCCGGACUGCGCCGUGACCGCUAGGGGGUCGCGCGGCCUGCGGAGUCCCGCUCCCCUUUGGCGAAGCGAUGCAAUCGGAGCUCUUUCCCAGGAACGGAGACAGAGAGCAUUUUGUCUCUAUGCUGCUUUUUGAUCGAUCAAUCACUACUCUUGGAAUGAUGGGUACCGCGAGGCUCUCCCUUCAAGGCGCACGAGCGGUCCCGACCGCAGCAGCGACGGCAACCAGGGAACCGCUUCUCAAAGGGUCUCCUAACGAAUGUACGCCGUCCGCCUGGAACAGCGGAACCAAAGAGGCCCGCGAAAGUGCGAUUAAAGCCCAGCCGAUCCCAGGCGCGUGACCGGUAGUGACCCCCGGGGGAAUUCGGCGCCUGCGCCCGACCGCACUGCCUUCCGGGGACUCGCGCCCGGGUCCCCGGCGUUUGCCUCAUUAAGCUUCACCAGCCUGACGACCGGACUUCGCGACUGCGCUCUUGGCUGAACGAGCAUUUGCUGCGAUGUUCCAGUGGAGGAACAAAAUGAUUUCGUUACGUCGCGCAUCCCUCCGGAACCACUGCUUCCGAGACCGUGAGCGGUGGGAAGCGUGAAACCGCAACCUCCUCACACUGUGCACUUACAGUAUAGCCAGCAUCUACUGCGUCACACAGCCGUGAUGGACAAUUUCCACAAAGCGUAUUUUGUGGACUCUCGCCUAAUUUGUAUUGAGUUUUACAUACGUAUUUUGUACCAAAAUAGAUAUUAAGCUAUUUUAGCCCAUCACUGGGGUAUGGCACAGUGUACUGUAAAACAACCUGACUGCACGUGACCAGUUGUCAAUUUAUCAAUGGGUUACGCUUGGCUUCAUGAUCAGACACAAUUGUUCUAGGAGAGAAGUAUCGACAAUAGCGAUGUAUCUGUUUGCUGUAUAAAAACUGAUGCCUGACCUUUUCAAAAUGGUCGAGUUAAAUUAGUGUCUCUUGCAAGGGAGGUAACUAUUAGUAACUAUGGCAACGAAAUAAACCUCUGUAGACCAAGCUGCAGGAAAAUUAAAUGGAUUCCAGCCUUG